CGCGCACUAGUGCUUCCAUUGCCAUCCAACAGAUCAACCACAGAGCGAGAACGUCGGAACCAGAAGCAGAACAGCAGUCGCCAUCGCAUUGGCAAGAACGAAAAGAUGUCGGACGAAGAGUCAUAUGAAUACGAGUACGAUGAUGAUGAUAUGGACGAGGGUGGAUUCCAGUACACGGAUGACGAGGAAGAGGCGAACGAUUCUGAGGUCGCUUUGGGUACGUUUCUCGAUGGUUGUAGAUAUGCAAAUCUUCAAACGAAUGUUAGAUUUUUUAAUUUUUCUUUUCCGCUUGCCAAAUAAACAAGGACUUGUCUGUCACGUGUAAAUUUGAUGUCGAUCUUGUUUCUGCUCCUUAGUUCGUUCUCUUUCAUUACAUCACUAUAUAUACCGUACUAACGUUCACAUCGUUCUCCCGUCAUGGAAUUUCUUUUCUGUCAUGUUCUCUUGUGUUUCCAAAACGAAACGAAACAUACGAUCUGUUUGCACAAUACUACAAAACUUUUGCGGCGCAGAAAAUGCCUACUACAACAGCAAGGGUCUCCGGGAGACUGACCUGCAGGAGGCAGCAGAAGCCUUUGAACAGGUCAUAAUACAGGAAAGAGAAGAACUCGCAUCGAAUCACGACGGCGACGGUGAACCAAAAAAGUACGGCCCUUGGUCCUACAAAAGCAUCAAGCAGCUCGUGAAACUCCAGUUGCGAACAGGGACCACACAAAGUGUGCUAGGAGCCUACUCACGCUUGCUGGAAUGCGUCGCUGAAGGAAACAUCAGCCCGAAUGCAGUGGAAAAGGGAAUCAACGGGAUGCUUGAACGUGUUGCCAGUCUCCUACAGGGAAAUGCCAUGCGUGACAUGGAUCUCAGUGCCAACAGCAACUCGAUGGAUCCGCCAAAGCUCGCGCUUGCCGUUUACGAUUCCACCCUCAAAGUUUUUCACCCGACAUCGGGAUCUUGCCCCAACGAGCGUUUGUGGUUCAAGACCAAUCUCAAGUACGGUCAGCUUUUGUACGAAACGAACGAAACCGUCAAGCUACAACAAGUUCUUCGAGAUCUCCAAACAACGCAAGAACAGAACAAUAUCAACAGCAUGGCCGAUGGUGGGAACAGCAGCACAUGCAAUACGCAAUCAAUCGAAAUUUAUGCGCUCCAGAUUCAAUUAUAUUCUCGCCAAAAGGAUAACAAAAAACUCCGACAGGUUUUCAACAAGGCCAUGGCAGUCCGCGGAGGAAUCCCACAUCCACGAACGUUGGCCUCUAUUCAGGAAUUAGGAGGUAAAAUGCACAUGCAGGCUAAAGAAUACGAGGCCGCCGGCAAGACCUUUUUCCAAGCUUUCAAGAGCUACGACGAAGCCGGAGAUCCAAGUCGUCUUCGGUGUCUCAAAUACUUGGUCUUGGCCAGCAUGCUUCACGCCUCUUCCAUCAAUCCCUUUGACUCACAGGAAGCGAGACCGUACAGAGACGACCCUGAGAUAGCUGCCAUGACGAAUCUAGUGCAAGCCUUCCAAAAUAACGAGAUUCACAAGUU